AUGGCUGUCCUUUCCGAAACCCCUGACUAUGUUCCCGUGUCAGACUGGCCAACACUCGAAGACAUGGCGGCUGGAUUCGGCGAACACCUGAUGCCUGCGUCUUCAAAGCUUGCGGGCGAAGCUUUUAAUCAUGUUUUCGACGCCGGUCUUCGAAUCUUGCAUCGAUUCGUUGAUGGCCAGACCAUUCACUGGGAAAUCCUGGAGGGAGAUCAACACGGACUCACUGGAAGCGCGGAAUACAAAGCCUUUGAAGUCAGAGAGAACGUCUUCUUCAUCGACUUCUACAAACCCGACUUUCAAGAGCAGGUCAGCUUAGUCCUUGACACCGUCACGGGUCAAGCUGUCACUUGUGUUUCUGGAUUCAACAACAAAGGGGACGAGCGAAGAACAUGGACGAAGUUCCUGCACGCCGUUGAGGACCAACGAGGCUCUGUGAAAGUCUACCAACCUACCGACGAGCUGAUUGGAAAGCAUAUUCUCUACCGCUACACUUCUCGCGAUGCUUAUGAGCACAUCUAUCUGAACAGGGGUACUCUGACCUGGCAUUGUCUCAGCGGCACCGAGAACGGGCUUGCAGACACGGAGCAGUGCAAGAUGCUGAAGCUUGGAGAGAAUCUUUAUCUCCUGUUUUGGACGGAGACAAUCAUGCCCGUCGAGUCUGUUAUUGUGGUCGACCUGGAGAAAAUGCGGUCCACGGGCCGGUUCUUUUGCUGGGAUCCAAAGUCGCAGCGCGCUGUCCACGUACGAUUCGGCUCAUACGCAACCAAGCUUGCAGAGACAACCCCUUCCGAAGUCCUGGCGAGAGUCAGAAUGCUCGGAACGGCUUGA